CUAUCCUCGCCCGGCGCCGGCUUGCGCUGCCAGAAGCUGCUUCCUCCCCUAGGGACCACUCUUCUUCGUCCCGUAGUUCUCCCCGCUCCUCCGUCCCGGGACCGCCGGGAUGCAGUGGACAAACAGCUCGCGUGCCUUGCGACUGGCCGUGGGGCUGGCCGUCGUGGCGGUGCUGGUGCAGGGCAUCCGCAUCUGGCUGGACUCCAAGAGCUUCGUCUUCCAGCGCGAGGAGAUCGCGCAGCUGGCGCGCCAGUACGCAGGCCUUGAUCACGAGCUGGCUUUCUCUCGCCUCAUUGUGGAGCUCCGGCGGCUGCACCCUGGCCACAUCCUGGCAGAUGAGGACCUGCAGUGGAUAUUUGUGAACGCCGGCGGGUGGAUGGGCUCCAUGUGCAUCUUGCAUGCUUCACUCUCCGAGUACGUGCUGCUCUUCGGCACAGCCAUCGACACUGGGGGCCACUCUGGACGAUACUGGGUUGAAAUCUCAGAUACAGUCAUCUCUGGGACCUUCCGCCAGUGGAGAGAGGGGACAACCAAGAGUGAAGUUUACUACCCAGAUAUGAAUGAAAUUCUAAUGUCCCUGGGUGGGAGAAUGAAGGAAAAAAAAAAAAGGAAAUAUUACUGAGAAGUUACCAAGGGAGAAGUAAGACGUACAGCUGAACUCCCCCUCACAAUACCUCCAAACAGAUCAAGAAGAUGCACUAGAUUGAGUCCUGAUCAGGAAAUCUAUGGAAAAAAUCAUGUUGAGUCAUUUUUAUAAUCCAAAUCCACAUGGUUGCCAGACAGAGAAAUCUAUAGACGCUGGGAAUGGGAAUCUAGCCAGGAACAAAAGCACUGAGCUGUGCACCAGAGCGAGAAGAGGAUCCAAAUCCUCCAAAGAGGGGCUCCAACAUUGUGCAGGAUGCAGCAAUAGAUAUGGCAGCUUUAUCACUGAGGAGGGGAUCUGUGCCCAGGGGUAGCAUUCCAGGCUGAGGAGGGAUCUUGAGCCUUAGCCUGUGAAGCAAGCAGCAUCUCUUUUCUGGCCACAGGGGAAGAAUGGGUUCUCAGUUUCAGCCUCCAGCCCAAUUUGAAUCAUGCAGUAAAUUGACUAGAGCAGAAAUCCCAGACCAAACCGAAGUCUGCAAAUCUGUCACUGAACCAGCAGAGCUUUCCAGCUGUCUCCAGCGGCAGUCUACUGGAACUCUAACUGGAGCAAUCACACAAAUGUAUUGCUCAGACCCUAAUUCAGAUCAGGAACUUACAGAGCCUAGAUUAGUAGGGCAGAAGUUAGACUUUUCCCUGAACCAAGCCACUCUGGGAGCACUGAAAGCAUGCAGAUCCCCAUCCUAAGCUGUCCUUGAGGUUCUGGAAUAACAUAACACCCAGUACCCAAAGAAAGCAGCAGGACCCACCUUGACAUUCCCUUCAGAAGUGCACAGAGCCUGACGCUAACAUAAAGUCUGAAGUCAGAAAAUGGGCAGAAAGAAUCCACCAUAAAAAGCUAUUGUAGUGAUAAGGUCACUAACCCAAAAGAAAAGAAUGACUCCAAAACAUCUACAAGCAAAGCCUCAAAGGAAAACACAACUUGAACACAAGUUCAACUAGAAUUCCUAGAAGAGAUGAAGCAAGAAUUUUGAAGAGUUUAAAAUGUAAGUGAAAUGAAAGUGCUGGGUGGAGGAGGGGUGGAAAAGAAAUGAGAUCUAUGGAAAAAAGAAUUGGAAACAAAAUUAAAUCUUAGCACAAAUGUUAUUGUAAAAUCUGAAAUGACUGAGGAAACAAAGGUUCAAGCUUCUGAGCAUAUCAGUUUGCUAAACAAUGCAUGCCAAAUGCAUAACAAAUGGGGUCCAGGCCUUUCUCAGCUUAAAUCUAGACCCCAAAUACAGGGGAGACAGAUUUUUAUGCAUUAAAAACAAUUAAUCAAAUAAGACUAAUUAAAAGAAAACAGGGUAGAAACCAGAAUAUAAGGUUGGGUAAUCUGAUUUCUUAUUGGAGGAAAGAUUAAGGGCUUUCUGAGUUGGGAGGGGGAUGUAUGAAUUUUGAGAAUUGGGAGAGAGACAGUAAGCAGGUACAAUUCCCUGAAAUCAGAAAAAGAGGCGUCCCACUCGCCCCAAGUGUCAGUAUUCAGUCAAAGGAAUGUGGAAACAAUAACUGAUUGACAAUAAGGGGCCAGUUUUCCGGUAAGAUAUAUGGUUUGCUUAAGAUGUAUAAUUGUGAGAAAACUCCCAGCAUCAGUCUUUGGAUCAGACUAGGUUUCUGAUCAGCAUAACCUAGAACCUUAGUUAAGGGUCUCUAAGCAACAGGUAGAGGUGGUCCAGCUUGCCAGCCAUGCAGGGCUAGAUUCAAACAAUGCAAUAAAGUUUUCUCACAACUCCCAUAAUUGAAUAGUUUUCUCUCAAGACAGAAAUUGGACUACAGCCAUGGCUAAAUAGAAAGUGAAUUAAGCUAGAUCCAGAAUUAAGUCAUGAGAUAGAGUUAAUGUAGUUCAUUCAACUCCUACAAUUCCCACAAGAGACAAAACCUUACCCAAUCAAUAAACAUCCUGAAAAGUAGAAUGGAGCAAACAGAAGUUAAUUGCUUUAAGUGAGAAGAAAUAUUAAAGCACGGUCAAAAGACUGAAAAAAAUAGAUGAAAAUGUAAGGUAUCUCAUAAACAAAAUAAGUAGCCUGAGAGAAAACAGAUUGAGAAGAGAUAAUUUAAGUAAGUCAUGACUAAAAAAAAAUUCUAGACAGCAU